AAACAUAUUUGUUCAUCUGAGAUGUGUUCUUAAAAAGAAAUGAGUAAAUUAGAUUAAAAGAACAACGAGGGGUUGAUCAAUCAUAUUACUAUUACAUUAUUACGUGCAAUGAUUGAGACCGACGUGCUUCAUAUUCGUUGACUCUCUCAUUACCAUUAUUUCACCACUUCCUCACCCGAUCCCCUCACCUUUGUAUAACUCCGACUCAUCAGCCUCUCUCGCCAAACCCAAAGAAAAAAACAAACAUGACCCAAGACAAGUCCAAAGGUUCAAAGCAAACGCUUCUUGAACGACCAUGGUUCCUAGCGGUUGCUCUAGCUGGUCUUUUAGGUGGUGCACUGCUCAUCACAAGCUUCAUCCGAGCUACAGACAACACUUUAUCACUUUGUUCCACGGCUAAGACCACGGCCUCUACCAUAGCCGAAUACUCAUCCACCCCACUCCAACUCCAAUCCAUCGUCCACUAUGCCACCUCACAAACCGUCCCUCAACAAUCCUUCGAAGAGAUCUCGAUCUCUCUAAACGUCCUCAAGGAGCGUCUCCCUUGCAAUUUCCUAGUCUUUGGCCUUGGCCGUGACUCCCUCAUGUGGGCAUCUCUCAAUCCAGGUGGCACCACUGUAUUCCUAGAAGAAGAUCCUGACUGGAUACAGGCCGUUCUCAAGGACGCACCGUCCCUAAGAGCCCACCAUGUUCAGUACCGAACACACCUUUCUCAAGCUGGUCGUCUUCUCUCAACCUACAAGACCGAACCCAUGUGUUUACCUGCUAAUGCUUUCCCGAUCCGAAACAACGAAAAGUGUCCCUUGGCGUUGACUUCACUUCCUGAUGAGUUCUAUGAUACUGAAUGGGAUCUGAUCAUGGUAGACGCACCAAAAGGGUACUUCCCACUAGCACCAGGGAGGAUGGCUGCGAUAUUCUCCUCAGCCAUCAUGGCACGUAACCGGAAAGGUGAUGGCACCACACACGUGUUCCUUCAUGACGUUGACCGUAAAGUAGAGAAAGCUUUCGCUAAUGAGUUCCUUUGCGAGAAGUAUAAAGUCAACUCCGCUGGUAGACUCUGGCACUUCGAGAUACCUAAUGCAGCUAACAUGAGCGACCAACCAGGUGACCGGUUUUGCUAAAGAGCGCGUGCAGAUCUUGGCUCUUCAUUGGUUACUUUGUUUUAAUUGGAACAUCGCAUAGUUCUGAUCGAGUUUUAAAAACAUCGUUAUUAUUCACAUAUUAUCCAGAGGCUUCUUAUUAAAAUAAAUAAAUUAUCGUCAUUACUCUUUGUCU